AGACCUAAACUAAACUAGAUUGACUAACCAUAGUUAAAGCUUCUCUGGUUAAAGAUAUUGGAAGCUUUUGAUAUUUGCUUUGCUAUAUAUUAAACAACAAUUAGAACCUCCUCUUUUAUCAAAAACACACAACACUUUCUCAGAUUCCAUCACUACUUUAACACCAGGAAACCUCACAAUAAAAACUUCAUCUUUACUCUUGAAUUGGUGAUCAUCGCUUCUCUUACUUGACUCUAGAGAUCACAUACCUUGUACCGACAAAGAUUUUAUCAAGAUCUACAUCUUGUUUCAAGAAUCCGGAGCAAACCCGUUUUAGCAGUCCCAAGAAUCGAAAGAAUGGGUCUAUCAAGUCUUCCUGGUCCAUCAGAAGGAAUGCUAUGUGUGAUAUUAGUUAACACAGCAUUAUCUAUCUCCAUCGUCAAAGGCAUUGUUCGGUCGGUCCUUGGCAUAGUAGGAAUCCGUCUCUCGCCAUCUUCAUCGUCGCCUUCCUCGGUGACGGUGUCUUCAGAGAAUCCAACUUCAGAGCCUUUCGAUUUCCGGGUCUGCCAGCCAGAGAGUUUCCUUGAGGAAUUCAGGAACCGGACUCCGACGCUUAGGUUUGAGAGCUUGUGCAAGUGCAAGAAACAGGCGGACAACGAGUGUUCGGUUUGCCUGUCGAAAUUCGAAGGGGAUUCAGAGAUCAACAAGCUAAAGUGUGGCCACUUGUUUCACAAAACUUGCUUGGAGAAAUGGAUAGACUACUGGAACAUCACUUGCCCACUGUGUAGGACUCCUCUUGUUGUUGUGGCAGAAGACCACCAGCUUUCUUCUACUGUUUGGUGACUGCUUUUCACUGUAUAGUGCUUUUUUUGUUUUUUUGUUUGGGUGUGUUUGUUUAUGUACAGCUACUUUACUAUGAAUUAGGCUGCGUCGCGGUUGAUUGUCGAACAGAUUUAGACCGGGGAUGGGUAAUCUGAUGUACAUAUCUUGUGAGUUAUAUAUAUACACCCAUGUGUAAUGGAGCUCUUGUGUGAACAUAGUUUUCAUGUAUCUAUGUGAGUGUGUGUGUGGAUUAAGGCCUCAGGUUUACAAAGUCGUA